GGACUGCGGAGUCCUGGCGCGCGCUGCUACCAGCCCCCCAGUCCCGAACUCCCGACAGACAGUGAUAGGGUGGCGGGUGACCGUUGUCCCGGAGUAGACGCCGACCUUCUACCGAUAGGACUAGCACCCCUCCUCGUGCACGGGCCGUUUCAGGUGUGCGCUGAACAGCUGGGGUGCCUUUCAGUGAAUCACAGAUAUCGCGCCAUGACGUGGCCGUUAUCAGUGCCGCCGUGACGGCAACGGUCAGCGAGAUAAAAAGAACCCGGAAUUGUUGCAAAUAGCUCCAGUUACCGACAGUGACUGGCAGGGGAAAGAAGUGUAGUCAAUGCAUCUUAAAAAGUGCGUUUCUUUUUCACUGAGCGAUGUGACAUUCGGAAGUUUUGCUAGUUAUGGAAGACGGGGGCUGGACCGUAGUGCAACGGCGGCGCAAACGCAUCCAAACAAGUGCCGGAGAUGCCAGAACCAGCAAGUCGACUGAUCCGAAGAAGAACGAACCAUACAAUGGCUCAACCUCAUCAAAGGGCUUUCGAUCCACCAAGAGCCAACCGGACCCCAAAGCACGGCUCGUGGCCGGGAAGAAUCCUACAGCUGCCUCUUCUCGCGGGAUACGCUGUGCCGUAUGUGGUGAUUUCAACUGUAUUUCCCAGCUCUCACCCCGCGAGGUCCUGCUUCGACUGCCACCAACGGCACCAAGUCAGCCAGAAUCGUCUGUAAGUGAAAAGUCGCUGUCGUCUCCGCUCACCUGCGAGGAGCUGAAGCGGCUGCAUCUGCCCCUGCUGGAUCUGGAGCAUGGUGCCGAGCUUGCCCGUCACAUAGAGAUGGCCGAGUUUGGCCGGCUGGAGGGCCUGCUGGUGGACGGUACGGAGCUGACGCCCCACGGACUGCGGCUGUGGGUGCUCCGCCCGGCCGGCAGCACCAGGGACAGGUCGGGCGUGCACGAGACGCUGCUGCCCAAGCACAACAUCCGCUCCCGCGAGCCAAUAGAGGUGACCAGAGACAAAGAGGACCGAGAGGAACUUGAAGCGGCAAGCCAACUGGCCGUGGUGUACCGGGUCACCGACUACGAGCUCAUGAUCGUUAUGGAAAGGGGUGGCAAACUCACUCGGGGAAAGGUGGUGAACAUCGAAAGAGUGGACCUAGAUGAUAUGUACAGGAAGAUGCGUAACAUCGUGCGAGGACUGGACGAGAUCUCUGGAAGAGCUAUUCGACUGCGAGCAGUUCUGUUUGGUGAGCGGCCAGUAGAAUGCGCGGAUAAACUACCGGCGAAAAUCGUCAACGCAAACGGAAAGCUGGACUUCUACAACACCGGGCUUAACCAGCUGCAGCGCGACGCGGUGGAGUUCGCUGUCCGUCAGAAGCAUCUGGCCGUCAUCCACGGUCCUCCCGGGACCGGAAAGACCACCACCAUUGUCGAGAUAAUCCUGCAGCAUCUGAAGUUGGGCUGUCGCAUUCUGGCGUGCGCCCACGCCAACACGGCCGUGGACAACAUGCUCGAACGACUAGCUGAGAAAAACUCACGCCACAACCUUGAACUCAGUAUGGUACGUCUCGGACAUCCAGCCCGCAUCAGGGAACCACUUCUUGACUUUUGGCUAGAUAAAGUGGCCGGUACUCUCGAUGAUGACGUAAGUCACCACCAUGACAAAAAGCGGUCUCCUUCUGACGACAAAGCACUACAGAAACUCCUCAUAGAGGAGUCCAAAGUUGUCCUCUGCACACUGGCCAGUACGAGUGAAGAGGGCCUGCUGGAAGCACCCGGGCACCUGGGCCUGGGGGCGUUUGACCUGGUGGUGAUUGACGAGUGCUCCCAGUCGGUGGAGGCUGCCUGCUGGCUAGCGGCGCAGAGGACCGGGAAGCUGCUGCUGGCCGGCGACCACCGCCAGCUGCCUCCGACCAUCAUCAGCAAGCCGGCGGCGAACCUCGGCCUGGAAGUCUCCCUGAUGGAGCGUCAGGUGAUCCUGCACGGGGAGAAGGCGGUGCGCAUGCUCUGCACCCAGUACCGGAUGCACGAGCUGAUCCAGCAGUGGCCGUCGCAGCAGCACUACGACGGCCGUCUGGAGGCGGCGCCGGCCGUGCGCCACCACCGUCUGACCGAUCUGCCCGGCGUACGCCUCACGGAGGACACAGCUCCCACCUUGCUGCUCGUCGACACGGCCGGCUGCGGGCUCAGCGAGGCCAGACCCGACGAGGCCCACUCGAGAAGCAACCCCGGGGAGGCCGACAUUGUGGUGGCGCACGUGGAGGCUCUGGUACGUGCCGGCGUGUCCCAGGACCAGAUAGGCGUCAUCACACCAUACUGCGCCCAGAUCACCCGAGUGCGCGACGGCCUAAGGCUCCGCCGACUGAAGGAGGUCGACGUUUACACGGUGGACGGUUUCCAGGGACGCGAAAAGGAAGCCAUCGUCGUAUCGUUGGUCAUAUCCAAGAAGUCAGGCCUGAGCUUCGUGACAGACACGCGCCGCAUCAACGUGGCCAUCACUCGCGCCCGGCGACAGCUGGUGAUCGUCUGCGACACGAAGAUCUUGGGCAGAGACGACGACGCGCGGUCGUUGCUAGAGUACAUGCGGCAAAAUGGCGAGGUUAGGUCGCCACGGUACUGCAGGGAUGGGCCCUAGAACCCGAAAAUACGGAGGAAAGUAAUAAUGACGUUUGCAUAGUAUCGCAAAUUUUUAAUUGUAAAACUUCGAUCAGACGUCUCACAUGUAAUAUCCCUAAUUCAACCAUCGUUUUACACAUCACCGAUCGCGGCCUUUUGACGACCCUGGAACCUGCCACAAACGCCGACAAGCUGCUUCUGGACAUGUCGACCACGGCCUGGAGGAAGGCGGUCUGCAGAAUUGGAAGUUGUAUCUUUCAAGGGCUCGUGACUGUAUGGCGACCCAAUUCACUAGAAAUCACCUGCCCCAAGAACUUGUCACUCCCAUUCGAAGCGCAGAGAAUAGUGGCGGCGCAACGCCUUUAAUUAAGGGAGGGGGAGGGCACUGCCGACUUUUGGCCCCAUUCUUUCCAUGCAACGCCAAUAGGGCUAAUGUUAAAAUGACAAAAUCAAAGGGGGGAGGCACGUUGCCCCGGUGCCCUCCCCGUUCCGCCGCCUAUGGCAUAUAACAUAUCCGUUUAGAUACCUUGUUGUCGAUUGAAGUCGAUUGAAGCCGGAAUUUGGUAUGGAAAAACAGAGUGGUUCUAAACGGUUUACGCUACGUUAACGGUACCGGUCUUGCCUUUGAUGAUGUGUGGCCUUUGAUCACUCAUCAUCAUUCUCAGGAAGCUGGGAACAACUGAAAAGCGGGAACUGAGUGUACCAAUACAAAUGGAACCAUAAUAUACCAUCACAAAUCAA